GUAAACUGCCGACGCCAAAAGAUGAAAUGCGUGGUAGAAAACGAUACAUGUCGUCGAUGUCGUCGCUCUGGUCUUCCGUGUAUCUUCGUACCCCGCGCAAAUGCUGCUACCCUCCCAGAGGGGUUAAUGGCCACGCGAGAUGUUGACUUCAAGGAUGAUGUUCUUCGUAGGCUGCGCAUUAUCGAGGACAGACUGGGUCUCUCCGCUGCAUCGAGACCCGCACUGGAAUCUCCACUUCCCCAAAGUGAAGACACCUCACCGGAUUUCAGUAGCUUGGGUGCCUUGUGGGAUGCAGUAGUAGUGCUCGAAAGGACUGCGCCUGGUUGGAUCCCUAGCUCUAUCUGGCGCAAGAGCACCGUCAAGGGCCUUUGGCUAUCAUUUCAUGACCGCAUGCCCGGCCUACAUUUUAUGCCACGCAAGCAAACAUUUUCCUCGCCCCAGCCUCUACUCGUGGCAUCGAUUCUGUUCUGCUCUAGCGUGCGCGGUCCACUGGAUGUCGCUGAGCUGGCACCGCAUUACUUGUCAGUGGUAUGCCACGCGAUCGCACAGCUGAGCAUUCCCGGUAGUGAAGUAGGCAAGGUACCUGUGGACUCUGAAGAGUGGGCAUUCCAGACCGUGCUUGGAUUAGUCCUCGCCGGGCUCCUCACUGAAGCCGUUCACCGGGAGACUGGAAUCUGGAUCUCGAUCGCUUAUCGCCUCAUCUUGGAAAACUGUCCGGCCCACGUCGACGAAACCUCCCGUGAAUGGCGCAAGUUGUUCAGUGGAUUACAGAUAAUUGAUCUAGAACAUGCCUCACUUCAUCUAUCUUGUCCCAUCAUCCCGAUCGAGUGUCCGCUGCUGGGGUUGCAGACGUCCAACCGGGAUCAGCUAUACCGGCUAUCUCGGAUGAUGCAUACGGGACUGACACACUUUACCGGGAGAGGCCUCCCUACCAUUUGGUCAUGCUUUACGGGACACCUGUCUAAUCUGGGUAGUUUGACGAACAAUUUCACCGCGGUCGACGCGGCGGUCAUCCGGGACUGGGCCCGGCAGUUGGACGAGUGGUUGGUAGAGUUCAGUCAGUGUGCGGAGGGCUCGGAACAGGAUCUCAAACUGGUUUUCCGCCAAUACGUGCUUCAUCGACUGGUAGUCCUGUCGAUCUAUCAUCCGGCCCGGGGCUGUGACCUCUGGUCUAACAGUACCACACCACAGGAGCAACACGAACUACUUCUGUCAGCGAGAGCUACACUCAAGCUGCAUUUGCAUGACGACUCGAUUUGGUCGAACUGGGACCAGGUGAUGAUCACCUGGGCGGCGCUUAUUGUUAUACAGGGUAUUGAAGGCGGUGCUGGUGAGCCAGACGAUCUUCUUGGCAUACGAAUCCACCUGGAAAAGCUCAAACAGGUGAUGGGGCUCGGGGACAAACUCGUUGCCCGCUUGGAAGCAAGUCUAGCUAAUGUCCACACGCCAGUCGGGCCACAGGAUAGUGUUGAGAACGCUGAGAUGAGAGGUCUUUCGGAUCAGACCUGGAUCUUCGACCAAGCCAGCUUGCAGUCGAUGAUGUACUCGAACUGGACGGCCUAGAAUCCACCCCGGCCAGCAUCCUUAAGCCCGCCUGCAUGGGACUGUGCACAUCGUACGACCCGAAUCACUUGAGGCUUUCAAUGCGGGCAGAUAUGUCAUCUGGAUGUUCGCCUUCCAUUGGCUAUCCAUGGCUUAUAUCACUAUCCGUUGUGCUGUCUACUCUUUUGCUCGCGUAAUCUUUUCUCUAUACUUUCCACUUCCAACGACCCACCACCCCAAAAUGAGGAUGAUCAGUCCACCCACCACAACACACGUA